UAGUUAAUCUUCUUAUCCAAACCUGGAACACAAACCUCAACUAUCUAGCUUUCGAUCUUUAAAGUCUGAAGCGAACUUUGCUUCUUGCAUCCAUUUAUUUUACUCCAUGGACGCUCUUCUUAAAUCAAGUUUCCCAAUAUUCUCUGCAAACCCAAAAUUCCUCCUCUCCAAAAAUCAUGUUAAACCCUUCAAGUUCUCCAUCAAACCGCCACCACCAGACUUCGAUUUCAGAGCUGAUAUUUUAGCAGAAUCCACUGCCAGAAUCGGGCAAACUCAUCCUCAGUUGGCGGACUUGGCGGAGAAUGGGGCAUUGGUGUUGGUUGAGAAGCGGCAAUUCGGUCCCGUUCCUGCCUGGAGGACCGACUUUGUUGAACCAGAGGCGAUAUGGCUGGUGGGUACAACUCAUAUUUCGCCCGAAUCAGCCACUGACGUCGACCGUGUUGUUAGGGCUGUCAGGCCUGACAAUGUGGUGGUCGAACUCUGCAGAAGCAGAGCUGGGAUCAUGUACAUGUCCAGUGAUGUUGACAAUGGGGAACAACAAUUAAGAUCAAAUAUGUUUUCUUUGAGUGGGACUGGGUUUUUUGGUGCUGUUGGUCGUAGCAUAAACUUGGGGGGCCAAACUGCUCUAGCAUUGCGUCUACUUUUGGCACUUUUCUCGUCAAAAUUAUCAUCUGAUCUCAACCGUCCUUUUGGAGAUGAGUUCCGAGCAGCUCGAAAAGCAUCUGAAGAAGUUGGUGCUCAGAUAGUCUUGGGGGAUCGUCCAAUUGAGAUAACGCUUGAAAGGGCAUGGAAGUCUCUCAACUGGAGUGAGAAAGUUAAUCUAGUGCUCUCAGUCAUUCGAGGGAUAACAGCACCAUUAUCUGAUAUAUCCGGGAAUGAUCUCAAGGAACAAAGCAACGGAGACGACACCUUUCAGCUUUACGAGCGGUUAAGCUUCUCAUAUCCAUCACUUCUCCAACCUCUUGUACAUGAGCGAGACACAUACCUUGCAUGGUCUCUAAAACGGAGCAAAGCUGUUAACAAGUGUAAGACGGUGGUGGGCGUGAUCGGAAAGGGGCACAUGAAUGGUGUUAUAUAUGCGUUAGUGUCGGACCAAGGGGACCUGAGGUUCAGAGACCUUGCAGGGAAGACUCCAUCUGAAGCAGAGUCUGGGUGGGUUCAGGAUCUUUUCAAAAGCUUGGUUAGAGACACCUUGAUUGGCAUCCUGUUGUGGGCAUUAUACCAACAGAUACAAGCUGGAUCAUUAUGGCAUACCAAUUUUUUUUCUCUCUCUUAAACUAUCUGAUGGGUUCUGCAUUAGGUUUAGGACUCGAUUAGUUCGUCUAUCAUACCAAUUAUUGUAUUAUCU